GCGCCGUAUACGGUAGUGCCGCUACUAGUCCAUGUGCUUCAACUGUGGCAAGUCAUAUUAACAUCGGAAAGUCUGUUAGAAUUAGGGUUAGAAUUUAGGGUUAAAAGAUAAUGUCACAAAGCUAUUCAGCUUUAUAGAUGGGUGAGUUUUGUGACAGGAUCCAAGACUUGCUAUCCUUAAAUUCAUUAGUUCGUCCAUAAAUUAUAAUCUCACCAUAAUUUGACCGACACAGCUGUGCCAACCUUGGUAAAGGCUGUGGAAGCGUUUGUUGAGAUAAAUUUAGUGUAUGUGCCGUGAGUCCUUAUCUAAAAGGUUGUGGUUGUAAAAUGUAACGGAUUAUUCAACAAAAACACAAAUUUAUGACCAUGCAAACCCUGUAUAGUUUACUAUCUUGCUAACGAACUACUCACGAAUUUCUCAUAGUAUUUGAGGACUGGCUUAUUGUCUACUCGUGAAUGCUUAUCUCUUAAGUAUAUUCGAAAGUUAAUUGCAUCAGAAAUCAAUUUGGUCAUAUGGUUAGAAAAUGUGUGAUUUGACUUGGCAAACCAAAAACUAGUCCGUGCAUAUGUUAGUAACUACUUUCCCACUAAUCAAGUCAUUCAACUUGAAUGUUUGUUGGGUGUUAUUUCUUCCACUCUAAGCAGAUUCCACCUAAUAGUGACUUUUGGAACUCCCAAAUGUAAGAGACUGAUAGUACAGGUCGAAAAAAUGCUUUCGCUCACAAAUCAACUGGAUGUUCUGAUAUUAGAAUGUAUUUAUUUCUACCUUAAGUAACUUUUUAAGUUAAAUGUUAGGCUAAUUGAUUUGCGUUUACAAUAACUAGUUACUAUCAAAUGCUUGCGAGCAAAGCUUCGUUGAACGAUUUAAAAGCUUGUAAAUGUUGUAUUUAGCCAAUCCCAUAUCAACACCUUCCUAGUAGAAUCAUUGUUCUUUUUCUGCAUAUAUAUCUUGGUUUGUCUUUAUUGCGUAGAUAUUUUUAUAUAACCACCAAACAUGUUACGCAUUUUUCGGCAUAUGCUUCUAAUUUGCUUGUCCUUCGUACGUCCGAAAUACGCACUCAUAGCCUUCACUUUACCCCGUAGUCAUCUAACCUCAUCAUAGGCAGUUUCUGCCGUACUUAUGUUAGAACAACCUCAAGAGGUAAACUUCAUCUCUUCCAAAAUAAUGUUUACGCACCAGACCUUAUGUUUUAUAUGAACAGUACCAGAUGUUAAUAAAUGAAGUCUUCAUUUAAUAUAUACUAACAAGCACUUGUAGUCUUUUCACAUUAUGGGAUUUAUUAUCGUAGUGGGACCAAACUAAUUAUGAAGUUGCAAGUCAGGUAUAUUUGAUACAAAUAAAUACUCAUACAAAUCAAGUUCGUUAAGAAUUGAAAAAAAUCGCAAUAGUUUACUCAAUUGUUGAAUUUGGCUUUAGUAAAAAUAGAGAAACUGUUAAUAGUAACUUACACAUUGAUUCGUUUUCUGUGUUGUAUAGAUUUGACUAAACAUUAUUAAAGAAUUAUGGGUCGUCGUAGACCGAUAUCACAAUGCAGACAGCAUAUUAAACCUGAAAUGAAACAAAAUGAGUUGUUCGAAAAGUAUUAUAAAAGUCUAGGAAUCGUUCCUGAGGAUGAAUGGGCAGAUUUCAUCAGCUAUUUGAAAAGAGAUCUGCCUAUCACAUUUCGGGUAACAGGAUUUCGAGAUCAAAACAAGGAAUUAUUACGACUUAUCAAACAAAAGUAUCGGAAAGAUAUAUCUGAGAUGCAACAUUAUAUGUGUGAUGAAAAAGAUCAGACUAAUGGUACUUUUGAAUCAUUACCUUGGUAUCCGAAUGAAAUGGCGUGGCAACUGAGUGUCAGUAAAUAUGCGGUUCGCAAAACAGAGGAACUCCGGACGUUGCAGCAAUUUUUGGUGUCUGAAACAGAGUCAGGUAACAUCAGUCGUCAAGAGGCUGUGAGUAUGCUACCUCCGCUUCUUUUAGAUGUGCGCUCACAUCAUACAAUCCUUGAUUUAUGUGCUGCGCCUGGAUCCAAAUCUGCACAACUCGUUGAAUUGCUACAUUCUGAUGCAGAAGCAGUUCAAUCGAGAAUUGGUGUUGAAAAUGCCUCAAAGUAUGUUGAGCCUACAGGAAUGGUUAUUGCGAAUGAUUUUGAUCAGAAAAGAUGUUAUAUGAUGGUUCAUCAAGUGAAACGUUUACAAAGCCCUUGUGUUGUGAUAACUCAAGAGGACGCUACAUGCUUCCCACGUCUGUAUAUAACUCUAUCACCAGAUGAAAAGACUAGUCAGAAAGAUUUGCGCCAACUAAUGUUCGAUCGUGUUUUAGCAGAUGUACCAUGCAGUGGAGAUGGAACGCUUCGCAAAAAUCCUGACCUUUGGUUACGAUGGUCGCCUAAUCUGGGUAUUGGUGAACAUCCUUUACAAUGUAGAAUCCUAAAAAGGGGUUUGGAGCUUUUGCGUGACCCAGUUGGAGAUUCUACAAGCUAUCCUCGGCUAGUUUACUCUACUUGUAGCUUUAAUCCUGUCGAAAAUGAGGCUGUUGUGGCCUCAGUGCUACACGCGUGUCAGGGAGCUGUUCGGUUAAUCGAACCGGAUCUUUUGGAACGAAUAUUACCAGAUUCUUCUGAAAACAAGGAUUCAAGUAGACGGAAAUUUAAAUUCAGACCAGGUUUAAGCGAUUGGCGUAUCAUGGACAAAAAAGGAGUUUGGUUUACGUCAUAUGACGAAGUCCCCACAGGCCAGCGGAAUUACAUAUGCCCUUCCUUAUUUCCUCCAUCUAAUGUAUCAGAUCUACAUUUGGAACAUUGUAAACGUGUUUUACCUCAUGAUCAAAACACUGGUGGGUUUUUCAUUGCUGUUUUAGAGAAAAUUGCACCAUUACCUUGGAUGAAUGCUACAAAGCGAGAGGUUUCUGUAAGUAGCAGUCAAAUCAACCAACCAGACAAACAGCUUGAACCAAAAGAUGAUUCAGGACCUCCAUGUGUUGCUAAAAAAUCACGUAUCUUUCAUGAAAAUGGAUUGACUUAUAUAGAUUCUACUUUGGAUCCAAUUUGGUUAACAAUUCGUGAUUAUUAUAAAAUAAAGGAUAAGUCAUCUUAUAAUGGUGAAUCAUCUUUGAUAUCAUUUUGUGCAGAUAACCUACUUUCACGUUCUGGUGGGGAAGGAAAUCGCUGUCGAUUUCUCUACUAUACAAAUAGUGUUAUCAAAAAUAUGGUAUCGACAAAUAAGGAAAGAGGAUUGAAAAUAGUCAACACUGGUGUCCGAAUAUUUUCCUCUGUUGAAGAUAAACAAUUUGAAGGAUAUCGUUUAUUACAAGAUGGAAUUGAAGUAGCUGAUGCUUUUAUACCCCUAUCAAGCGAUCGUCGUGUUCGUCUCACGUCAAAUGAAUAUUGUGAUUUAGUGUUACUUUUAAAGUAUGAGAUGCCAUUGUUAAGUCUUAUGACUGAAUCAACUCGUCGUCAGUGUGAAAAUCUAUCACCUGGUCCAAUUUUAAUUGAUUAUACACCUAAUGCUACUGACUUCACAAGUGAUGAUGGAUCGUGGACAUGUGAUAGUUUACCUCGUUGCAGACUUGUAUUUUCUGGUUGGCGUGGAGCUAAAAGCAUACGACAUUAUAUCGGACGUUUUGAACGAUUACAUUUCAUGAGACUAGCCAACAUUGAACCUAGUCCGUGUAUCAUGGGACACACCGCUAAGGAAUUAGUAGCUCACGUAAAUUCUGAAUCCAAUGAAGAUGUUGAAUGAUUGGUUCAUUUGUACACUAUUUCUGUGAUCAAUGUUAUGUACCAAUUUUUACUAAUCAAGAUACACGACCUUAUGG